AUGGGAAAUAAUGUAUCAACUAAAAAGGGCUUAAAGAAAGACAAAAGAGCCAAAAAGAGCAAGAGCAUGCCUUUGCCUCCACGUAUUGAUCUUGAAAAUGAACAUUCAACCAAUACAGCACAUUCAGUCAAUUCAAUCCUACUAACAUCGAAAAACAACAACCACAACAAUACCAUUGGCAGCCUUAAUAACUACAGCAAUAAUACCACUAAUAACAAUAAUACCUUGGCUCAGUUAAAUCCAGAUUACCCGCUCCCUAAUAAUAAUGAAGACACUUUACCCAGAGGAACAGACCCAUUCCAAGGCAAAGUUGAAAAUCCACAGCAGCAUAAACUCCUCGCAACUUCUGAUUAUUGGCCUCCUCAACAGCAAGGACAAUCAGAAGGAGCAGCACAUCCAUUUCAAGGUCAAAUAGACGAUGCAAAUCAACUUACAGUCGGAUCCAUCAACCAGUUGACAGUAAACUCCAUGUCAUCAGAAUACUCUUCAACUACCAAUAUCGACGAAUACAUCCAUCGGUUACUGGAAGCAGGGUAUGCUAGCAAAGUAUCCAAACAACUAUGUUUGAAGUCAUCUGAAGUGACAGCCAUCUGUAGAGCUGCCAUGGAUAUAUUCUUAAGUCAACCUUCUCUAUUAGAACUUUCUCCACCUGUCAAGGUAGUAGGUGAUACCCAUGGCCAGUUUACCGACUUGAUCAGAUUAUUCGAGAUGGGGGGAUUUCCACCUAGCUCAAACUAUCUGUUCUUGGGCGAUUAUGUGGAUAGAGGCAAGCAAAGUCUUGAAAAUAUGCUGUUGCUCUUUUGUUACAAGAUCAAAUACCCGGAGAAUUUCUUCCUUUUACGUGGAAACCACGAGUGCGCAAAUGUGACAAAAGUUUACGGUUUCUAUGACGAAUGUAAACGUAGACUUAGUCCAAAGAUGUGGCGGACAUUUGUCGAUGUCUUCAAUACACUGCCUAUUGCUGGUCUAGUAGCUGGCAAGAUCUUUUGUGUUCAUGGUGGUCUCAGCCCUUCAUUGAACAGUAUGGAUGAUAUUCGAAAUAUACAACGACCAACCGAUGUGCCUGAUUAUGGAUUACUGAACGAUCUGCUAUGGAGUGACCCUGCUGACAUCGAGACAGACUGGGAGGAUAAUGAAAGAGGAGUGUCUUAUGUGUUUGGGAAAAAGGUUAUAAACGAAUUCCUGUCUAAAUUUGAUUUGGAUCUGGUGUGUCGAGCACACAUGGUGGUGGAGGAUGGAUACGAGUUUUUCUCAAACAGAUCUCUUGUUACUGUGUUUUCAGCACCCAACUACUGUGGAGAGUUUGAUAAUUUUGGAGCCAUCAUGAGUGUCAAUGAAGAAUUACUAUGCAGUUUCGAACUUCUUACACCAGCGGAUCAUCCAUUGGCUAAGGAAAGGCUCAAGCAGAGUAAAAAUAAUAAACGUUGA